GUCCGUGAGUAUUCACAGGCCAGUGCAUACCGGACCAGGUUCUUGGACAGCUGCGCGACGCUCCCGCUGCCGUGUUCCUCCUCCUCGUCCAGGUCCUCGUCAUAAUCUGGAGUCUCUUCUUGCCGUCGAUUCCGUAGUGACUGUGUUGGGGCAGGCAGGUCGUCGUCUGCACGCCGUUUCCGCGAAGCUGGUGGCAUUGUCAACCCUCCAGCGCAUGUCAAUAAUCGUCACGACGUGGAAAGUUUGGGCAGGGCCCUCGAUAGGGCUGAGGCGGACGCGUCGCGCCUGCCCUUCACGCUAAAAGGCUGGGCAAGACAUCAUCGAGCUAAGCGAUGCAAGCUCCGAGACAUUCACUCACCUCAUCCAUCUCGCUCAUGGGCCGCUUGCUCGAGUGCAGACGGAAAACAUGACUCCCGCACGCCUCGCCGCCCGCAGACCGCUCUUCCGCUGCCUCAAUGCGCCAUCCCGCCCCCGGCCGCAGCUCCGAGAUGUCUCCUACCAGCACGCCCCAAAGCCCAAAGCCGAGCGUCUCCCCGACCUCGACCACGUCUCGAUCCACCGUGCGGAAGCAAUGCGGCGGGCGCAUUAUAUCCGGCGGCGGAAUUGGCUGGCCCUGGGCGCAGCACUAUCCAUGAUUGCGCCCAUCGUCCUCGUCAGACUCUGGGAUGUGCCGCCCGCCGAUGCAAAGGACAAGAACGACAAGGGCAGCGGGGGAGUCUUGGACAUGAUCAGUCCCCGGCCGACCAGGACUGACUCUCCACGCGCCGCCGUCGGCGAGUUCCAGGGCAAGAAGGUGGUGAUUGCGGCGGGAGACAAGAUCAUCGCUGCGCCCGCCUCGUCAGACAAUCCCACCGCAUCGGAUGCGGACACGGUCGAGCUCGUCGAGACGGGCACGUCAUACAUCCCAUACUUCCCCAAGACCAUCAUGCUUCCCACAUCGUCUGGUCCGGAGGAGGUGGAAAGCGAGGCAGAGUAUACGCUGCUGGGACUGGGCAUAAGAAAAGUCUCCUUCCUCCGCGUCCAGGUCUACGUCGUGGGCUUGUACGUGCGCACUGCUUCUCUCCAUAUCCUGCAGAACCAUCUCAUCAACACCGUCAAUCCUACCGCAUCGGCACUGAUCCCGGGCGAGAAGGAAGAUCUCCGCAAAGCGUUGUUGGACCCCGAGAGGAGCAACCAGAUCUGGACGUCUAUCCUCAGCAGGACGGGUACGGAUGCUGUCGACAUGGCGUUCCGCGUGGUGCCCGUGCGAGGAACCGACUUCAAGCAUCUCCAGGAUGGAUGGAUGAGGGGCAUCGCUUCGCGCACCGACCAAGUGCGACAGAAACAAGCCGAGCUCUUAAGACAGCAGGCUGCGGAGCAGAAGCAAAUAGCGCUACCGAAGCCAGUGGACGAGGGCGAAUUUUCGGACGAAUCCUUCGGGCUCGCCAUGAAAGAAUUCAAGGCGCUUUUCCAGGGCCGCGGAAAGGCACCUAAGGGGAGCGUCGUAUUACUGUCGAGGAACAAGCAGGGGGCUUUAAGUGUCAUGUACCAGCCUGUUACCAGGACGAACAAGGGCGAGAAAAUGGGCGAAGUGUCGAGAUUAGGGGAAGUUACGGACGAAAGGGUCAGCCGGCUUGUCUGGCUGCUAUACUUGGGAGGCCAGAAUGUGAGCUCCGAGGAUGCGAGGAAGAACAUCGUCGACGGUUGUAUUGGGAUUGUUGAACGGCCUGUUGGCACCGUAGAGGGCAUGGUGCAGUAAAUACUCAUACGCACAUCUCAAAACAGGUCUCGUGUAUUAUACAAGUCCACUCGGAACUGGAUAACAAGCAGGCACACUACUUAUCAUUCAAUAUCGCCCCACUCGCGUCGCACGACGGAAGCCGUCUUUUGGGUCAAUUGAUCCCUGCAGACCUGAGGCUUUAGAACUCGCAGCCGUACGUG